AUGGCCGCCCGUGAAGGAGAGGAGAACGUCGGCACGUUCUUUGGUGAUAUUCACUACUUCUACGGCCCUCCAACAAAUAACCCGCCUCAUCACAGGUUCGACAAGGGCUCCUAUGUAUACCUCUUCGAAGAUGCCAACUUGGGCCGCGCACAGCUGGAAAUUGCGAACCAACCUGGAAGGGAAGAUCAGGAUGCUUUCGAUGGCUACCUCGACAAAACCCAUCUCGAGUACGAUUACAACCACACCUGCCUUGUAACUUUGACGGUUGGUGAGGUCGAGGGCUACGAGGAGUGGCAUCUACCAACAUACGACCCUCACAAUCAGGCCAAGUACCAUUACAAGCUUCACUCGCUCGACAUUUACUUUCACAACCAUCAAGAUGCUCUGCAAUUCGUCAAUGGCAUCCGGCGUGUGCUCCCUCCGCACCAGUGCGAUGUCCACAACGAGCCAGGACCACCACCUCGGCACGAUACCGAAGUCAGCGCGGUAGUCCAGCAACUCGAGAGGGCAGCAAUCGCUGACCACGGUACACCCCCGACCACUCUAUCACAGCCUCCGCAAGUUGGCGGAAUCCAGUCCUUUGCUCCGCCGCCCGUGUCUGCAGUGUCUGCUUCCCACGAUCACUCGACACCAUCGCCCCAAGCAUUCGUUCCGAUGGCCUAUAACCCGGCUGCGCCACCUGCCGCCGAACCCGUACGAUACCGCGAGAAGACGCCUCCCCCAGAGGAUGCCGCGGUGAAUCCGUUGCACCAGACUCUGGCCUACGAUGCGACCACUCCCUUCUCACCAGGCCUGCCUCCUCCCAGCGGUCGUGGACCCUUGAGCCCAGGCAUUCCUCCGCCAAACCUACAGCACCCGCCUGGAGCUCCGACCUUUGCUGCUCCUCCCCAGCACAGCGUGACCUCGCCCGGCUUCACGCCCCAGGGAUUCGGCGCGCUUGGAGGCGGCUACCCGACAGGCCUCAGCCAACCGCCUGUACACCCCGGCGUACAAAGGUCUGUCACCAUGCCUGGUGGGCUCCCCAGUCCCGGUCUCGUCAGCCCUGGAUUUGCUAGCCCAUAUAGCCAAGGAUACCCAGCCCAACCUGCUUCGGUCGCUGCGGUUGGCGGCUACGGAGCCGUUCCCCCUACUCCCACGCCACCUGGUGCUGGUUACGUGGCUGCGCCGUCGCCGAUACCGCCGUCGAUGCAGCAAGGAGCGGGUUAUGGACAAAAUGUCGCUGGACAGCAAGAGUAUGAGGUCCACCAUCAGUUGUAUGUGCCUGAGCAGAAGAAGGGUAGGCUAGAAGAGGGUGCGGGCAAGUUGGAGAGGGGAGUGACGGGCAUGUUGAAGAAGUUUGAGAAGAAGUUUAUUUGAGGAGUGGCGGGGCGUUAUCUGAUGAGACGUUUUUGGGAACCUUAUUAGCGGUUUAGGUGUUUUGAGUAUACCAAUUGAGAACAUAUUCUACAUCA